AAAAACUAUACAGAAUAGAAGUGUCCAAUCUGUCUCUGACUAGUAUAGUAGAUAUCUGUGCUAGGCUUGUUGAAAAAAUAUCGAUAUAUUCGAUAUUUUUAAUUCGAUAAAUCGAUAUUUUUUGCCGAUAUAUUGUUAACCGAUAAAUCGAUAUAAAAUAUCCAAUAUCGAAAAGACAAGUAUCCAUUCAAUGACCACUGAUGGUGCCAGUAAUAUCGUAUCUGCAGUGAAGAAAUUCAUGAGAGACAACAAGAGAAUCCCUUGUAUGGCGCAUCUAAUCAAUUUAAUAGUAGAUGCCGCAUUGACGAAAGAUGCAUCCGUUCUGGAAAUUGCUAAUCAAGUUAAAUCUAUUGUGACAUAUUUUAAGCAAUCUGUCAACGCCAUGGACGAAUUAAGAGCAGAGCAACAAAGUCAAAAAAAGAAGGGGAAGUGCUAACACUCAUUUAGUCGGUCAGCACUCGAUGGAAUUUGUGCCUAGAUAUGUUAGAAAGAUUUAAUAAGUUGUCAGCUAUAGUGGCUAAAAUUUUAUCUGGCAGGAGAAAUGCGCCGGAUAUGUUAACAUCAUCGCAGCUGAAUGUCAUCCGAGAGCUAAUAACACUGCUUAAACCAUUUAAGCAGGCCACUGAAGACAUCAGCGGUGAUCAUUAUGUGAGUGCUAGUCUAGCAAUACCAAUUACUAAUUUGCUGGCGCAAGGACUGGAAUACGAAAAAGCCUCAACAAUAUUAGGUAUUGCCGUAAAAACCAGUUUGUUGGAAGGGGUUACUACACGACUAAGGCCCCUGGAGGAAAAUGUAUACUUGGCAAAAGCUACAAUUUUAGAUCCGCGUUUCAAGAAGAUUCACUUCAGUUCCGCACUGGCCGUUUCAAAAGCAAUAACUGAGCUUUCAGAUGAAAUACGCGCAGAACACAGGCGACGAGGACAGCUUUCGUCUAAUCUUAAUACUGACACAAUGCCUGAAACACAAAAUUCUUCAACGUCAGAAUUAUUAUGGUCUCGACACGAAAAGCUCCUAGCUGCUGCAGCCAGCAACAAUGCAGCUAAUCUAGUCUAUCGAAGCAACAGAAUGCCGGACGAGUUGAAGCAAUUCCUAGAUGCUCCAAAUCUAUGCCGUAAGGAAAACCCGAUAGUUUUGGAUAGACACGAGACAUUAUACUCCAGUUCUUUCGAAUCUGGCACUUAAAUACUUGACACCUACGGCUUCCUCUGUACCUUCAGAGAGAGUGGCGUCUGCCGUAAAUCUUGCGGUUCCUAACAAUAGAAGCCGGCAGACAGCGGAACAUGUAAAAAGCAGAGUUUUUCUACUUUCACUAUCGGACAAAUACUGGUUUGCCUGAUUUAUUAAAAGUUAGAAGAUCGCUUUUUUGUGUCUGAUAUGUAUAUUAUUUUGUCUAAUAAAAAAGAAUAACUAUAAAAAUACC